GGGAUUCCUAAUGUUGCAUCGGAUCUCAUUCCAAUCCUUCGAUAUCCUUCUCCUAUAGGGGUACUCAACGUGCUGGGCAAACUGAUGAUGACGUCCUCUCCAACUCGGAUAGAGCAGGGCAACCACGCCGACGGUAGGCUCGAUGCGUUCUUCGCCUUUCGCGGCAUCGCAUGUAUCACAGCAAGCCUGCGUAUCUCCUGGCGCGUACGGCCAGUCCGGUAUAUGGGCGCUGACGACUCGACUCUUUCCUUUGCCUUGGUACUAGGGAUACACACAAAUCCCAGACGUAAUUUAGCCCGUCUAUUCUUCUGACGCUGUGGACUGUCAUUAGCGUUCAGGUAUACAUGCUUAUCGUUGGCACGACUAUGUACCUCGUUAGAUGCCAGCCCUUCUCGACGAGGAGGGCACCUACGGCUACCGCACGAGGUACCUAUACGCCGUACUUCAUGACUUACGGCUAUAAGUGUCUACAGCGAAAAUCACCCGUACAGCCGGCAAAGAACUCAGCGAUGGGCGGUGCCCUGGCAGUCGGUAUAUGGGCCGUUUUGUUUAUGAAGAUGCUCGAGUAUCAGGGAGCGGAUCCUUACAGUGGUCACCGCAUCUCUAGUCCCGCGAACCGGGACCUUUAGGGUUUGCUCAUGAACAACCAUUGGACCAUGCAAAUUUGCACAAGCAGCGACAAGAUUUCGUCGCUGGUAUAAGGGCAGCCGGUAUCAUAGCGCGUGCUGCCAGUAGGUACGCGAAGAAUAGGAGGGAUCAAGAGGGGAGAAGCAGGAGAAGAGAGGAGGUUACUAGUAGUUACUGCUAGUGUUAGCAGCUGCCAUCCACUCAUUGAUACG